AGUGUUAGUAACAAGCGACAACACUUUAUUUUUCUGUGUAUCUGGUCAUAAAGUGUCGAAAGAAACUCGUCAUUCAAAUUUUCACGAAUCGAGACUUCAGUAAUAAGUAUUUUUGUAAAUAAAAUGGAAAAUAUGUUUCGCCUUUUUGUGGUAGUGGUGGCGCUCUUUAUAAUAUCCGACGCUAAAUUGCACAGGAUUUCAUUGCACAAGACACUUUACUCCAUUCGAAAAGCUUGGGAGAGGAACGACAACUACUUAAAGAACCUUUUAUUAUCACAUGAUUAUGUCGACUCAUCGUGUUUAUCCGAUUAUCUCUAUGCUGAAUACUAUGGCAAUAUUACCAUUGGAACUCCACCGAAAAAGUUUAAUGUAAUAUUUGACACUAUUACCUCAGAUUUUUGGAUACCAUCGCGAAAGUGCGACGUUGAAUUUUGUUAUUUCCGUAAUGGAUACGAUAGUAGAAAUUCCAGUACAUAUAUUGUCAAUAGUACUUCGGUUUAUAGAGAAUACCCAAUUCUAAGUAUACAUGGAUUUCUAUCUACUGAUAGAGUGAAUAUUGCCGGCCUUAAUGUUGACAAUCAAACAUUUAUAGAAGUGACUGAUAUGUCAAACCGAGACCUAUUUCAAACGGCACUAUUUGAUGGUGUCUUGGGCCUGAGGUUCAAUACAUCCGUUUUCCACAACAUAGUUAACCAAGGGCUAGUCUCAUCACCCAUUUUCAGUUAUUAUCUAAAUAGAGACUCAUUCGAUCCAUUAAAUAGUGGUGAAUUAAUAUUGGGUGGUUCCAAUCCUACUCAUUACAAAGGCGAGUUUACAUAUGUUCCUGUUACUCACAAAGGAAAAUGGCAAUUUACCAUAGAUAAGAUUCAAAUAAAUAGAAACAAUUUGUGCACCAAUAGUUGCCAAGCCAUCGUUGGCACUGGUUCUGGUGUAACAAUAGGUCCAAUAUCAGAUAUCGAAAAAAUUAAUGAACUUAUUAUAACUACCAAUGUUAAUGGAGAGGAAAGAGUGGAAUGUUAUCGAAUUUUUGAGUUACCUACAAUCCGUUUUAUUUUGGGUGGUAAGGCAUUCGAUCUUACCGCUAAUGAUUACAUCGUUCGGUAUUUAGAUCACAAGAAAAAUACAAUAUGCGCAAGCGGAUUUUUGGGACGUAAUUUGAGAACACUCGAUUGGAUUCUUGGCGAUGCAUUUAUCGGCAAAUAUUAUACCGAGUUUGAUAUGGAGAAUAACCGAAUGGGAUUUGCUUUGACAAAAUAAAUAUUUAUUACUUUCUCUAGCACUUGUUUAAAAUAUACAUAUUAAAAAUGUACAUAACGUGCAAUUAUGUAUAUUUAGU